AUGAAGAAAGAUUGUAAUGCCACACUUGAAGAACCCACAAACGCCAUGAGACUCAUGAUUGGCAAGUACAUUUGCAAGAAUAACAUCUGCAAAGCUAUUUUUUUCUCAAAGGAUGGAAACCUUAGAAUUUGGCGCUUUCCUCUGGAGAAGUUCAAGUCUGAUUGUAUCAUGCCUAGAGUACAGUUUGGAGGUGGUUUAGUGAUGGUUUGGGGCUGCCCACUAAAAAGAAUUAUUAACAGUCUUGACCAAUUUGGCUAUAUAAACCUUUUGGAAAGAAAGUUGCUCCCAUUUUAUGGUUGCCUAAGUGAAAGACAUGACGGGAAGUUUAUUUACCAAGACAACAAUGCUCCUUGUCAUAA